GGUGAAACGUCAUCUCGUUCAUUCUGAUUUGACAUGGCCGCUGUGUUUUUAGUAAUGUUGUACGAAUAUUCGCCUCUAUUUUAUAUAAGCGUCGUGUCCUUAUGUUUUAUCAUUACGGCUGCUAUGGUGCUGGGCUGGUUCGGUUUCGAUGUGCCCGUAAUUCUGCGGAGCUCUGAGGACGUGGACUCCUCUUGGAAUAUUCCGGAGAAGAGGAUGGUGCAGAAGACCAAUCCAUUUUCCUUACAGAUUGGAUGUACCCCUUCCACUGUUGCUGAGGGGGUGGCUCUGCAUCCUGCCUGUUUGGAGAGGUGUGUACUCAGCUGCUACUGGGGCAGCAGUGUGCAGGCUUUGCAGACUGUCCUCCACGCCCACCAGCAUGGCCUGAUCCUCAGCACCCCUCAGGUCUUCCAGGAGGCCAUGCGCUUCCAAUACCAGCACUGCCAGACUUUCCAUGUUGAGAAGGGGAAUGGGGAGGAACACAUAUGUCGGAUGCCAACAGAUGUGGGGGUCUUGGAUUUUGGAUUGAUGCCUCGUGCAUGCUACCCGCUGGUGGCCCUGCUGACCCUGGCAGAGCAAGAAGUCAGAGAUGUGUAUGACAUUGUGGCAAACGUGACCGUCAUCCACAUUCCAGACAACAAGUACAGACUCUCUGCCCGGAUCCUGUUUCAGUACCUUCUCACUGCGCAAGGAAAUAUGUUUGAGCUCAAGCCGCUAUUCAUGUCCACAGAAGACAGGGGACACGUCGAUUUCUCAGAAUCCACCCCUGCCCUGGAGGAGGAGCAUGGCACUGAAGGGAUGGAGCCUAGUGCAGAGUCUGAGGAGGCACACUUGCCUGUGCAACGACUGUGUGGCCCGAGUCCAGCACUGCCCCAUGUGCCGGGCCUUCGUCCUCGAGUCCUUUGCCCUGUCUCAGCCACCCCCUGCUGGUGAGGAGGAGGAGGAGGAGGAGGAUGAGGAUGAGGAUGAAUAAAGGCUGCUGUCAGGAUUUGACUGUGAAGCCGGACCAGAGACACAGUUUAAGCCCACAGUGAGGUUCACUCACAAAGCCUGUGCAGAGAUGGAAGUAACACUGCUAAUAUAUAACGUCUUACCAUUUUAACAGUUUAGCACAAAGAUUGUGGGACAUUUGGCAAGGGUGAAAUAUUAGCUUGCAAGUCAAUGAAGAAUGGACUCAGCAAGUUAUAGUCAUAUUUUAGUUUGUUGGAGAACAAACUUACUGAACAUGUAUUGAGAUCAACCAAUUUUAAAAUAUGAAUAUUUGCAUAUUCAAAAAGCAUGCAGGUGCAAGGUAAAUUCAUUUUCAGAGCCAGCUUGAAAGCUAGCGAACUAAUCAGUCUGUUUGUUGCUUAUGCACUGUAAGAGUAUGUGACAUCUCGAGUGAAUUCAGUAAGUCAUUCGUCCUGCAUAUUUACAUGUGAAACCCUCUUUCAUCCCAGUGCAGCCACAAUAUGCACAUUUCAGGUUGUCCUGAUGAUCAUAGGCAUUUGAAAAAGGCAUGUGAAAUCUGGAAUAGAAUUUCCUACAGAACAUCAUUGGCAAAAUACCUAAAAUCUCAAUGUCACAUGUACAUACAGUGCCCUAAUGUUUGGGACAAAGACCCAUCAUUUAUGUAUUUCCCUCUACUCCACAAUUUGAGAUUUGUAAUUUUAAAAAUCAUGCGGUUAAAUUGCACAUUUUCAGAUUUUAAUAAAGGGGGUACUAUGUAUAAACACCGCUGUCAUUUCUACAUGUUGAAACCAAAAAAAUACCCUUUAAUAAAAUCUGAGAAUGUGUACUUUAACCACAUGUUAAUUGUGUGAUUCCAAAUCUGAAAUUGUGGCAAGUUAGUGGCAAAUAAAGACAUAACGGAUAAAUCAAGACAUAAUUGUCCCAAACAUUAUGGAGGGCACUAUACAUAACUCAAACUAACACAGACAGUGGUCACAUUUAGAAAAACAGUUUUCUGCAGGUAGGAAUGGUAACUUGAACUUUCGCAUACAUUGCUCUGCAUAAACCAAUUUUCACAUACUGUAUGUAUAAAUUCUGUCUCGCAUAGUUCUGUAGUAUAUGUUGUGAAUAGUUUUAAUAACUUUGGAUGGAAAACUAUCCAUUAGUCUGUAAAAUAUUUUAGGUGACAGAACAAUAGAUGAUUUAUUUGCUUUCGAUGUACAGAUAUACAAUCCAACAAUCAACCUGUAAUUGUUUGUGCAUAUUGCUUAAUACAGUAGCGAACCAGGUCUUGUGUUAAGAAUGUCUUAUUGGGAAUUUCCUUAAGAAGGAAAAGUCUUCCUUUAACUUUGCAGCUAGUUUUCCCAGUAAUGCUGUGUAAAAUUAAUAAAUCAAGAUGAGUCACACAA